GCAGGUGCUGAAGGACCGCAGGGCCGCCAGGAAGCGGAAGCAGCCCGGCGGCGACGCGGCGGCCCCAGAGGGCGAGGCUCCCGCCGCGCCCGCCGCCAGCACGAGCGCCGCCGAGGAGGCCGGGGUAGAGGUGCAGGAGGCCCGCGCGGCGCUGCAGGCGGGGAGCCGCACGGUGGUGUCCCUGCUCUUCCCCUUCGGGGAGUUCUUCGCGGACGCCCCGCAGCCGCUCUUCCCGAGCACGUCGUACGAGGCAGAUUUGGAGGUCGCGGAGGGUUGCUACCGCUAUCUCCAGAAUGUGUUCAAGGAAAUUGAGGAGUGCCGUGCGUUCGAGCUGCUGAGGAAUGGCCAUGACCGUGGCAACUAUUUGAUCACGACUCAUGCACGGAUCAUCGCAAUGACUUGUACUCAUGCUGCUCUGACUCGGAAAACCCUGGUUGGCCUGAACUUCCAGUACGACAACCUGAUCAUGGAGGAGUCCGCGCAGGUUCUCGAGGUGGAGACCUUCAUUCCCAUGCUCCUGCAGUCCUCGGACCAGGGGGUCAGCCGUCUGAAGCGCGUGAUGUUUAUCGGCGACCACCACCAGCUGCCUCCGGUGGUGAAGAAUAGGGCAUUCCAGAAGUACGGCCACUUAGACCAGUCCCUGUAUGCUCGCUUCGUGCGCCUGCGGACUCCGACGGUGGACCUGAACCUGCAGGGACGCGCGCGGAAGGAGAUCGCGGAGCUCUAUGCGUGGCGAUACAAGGAGCUGGGGAAUUUGGCCAAGGUGUUGACCGACAAGCGGUACAUGACCGCGAACCCCGGGCUCACCUACGAGUAUCAGUUCAUAGAUGUGCCGGACUUCGACGGCAAGGGCGAAUCGCAGCCAACGCCUCAUUUCUUCCAGAACCUCGGGGAGGCUGAGUAUUGCGUAGCGCUCUUCAUGUACAUGCGGCUUCUGGGCUAUCCAGCCUCGAAGAUCAGCAUCCUCUCCACAUACAACGGGCAGAAGGCGCUCAUCCGAGACGUAGUGAAGCAAAGGUGCGCCUGGAAUCCGCUCUUUGGCGAGCCAGGAAAGAUCACGACAGUCGAUCGGUUCCAGGGCCAGCAGAACGACUACGUCAUCGUGUCCCUAGUCCGCACCAAUCAGGUGGGGCAUCUCCGCGAUGUUCGGCGGCUGAUCGUCACAGUGAGCCGCGCCCGUUUUGGUUUGUACAUCUUCGGGCGCUUCUCGAUCUUCGAGAACUGCUUCGAGCUGUCGCCCGUCUUCAGCCGAAUGGCCAAGCGACCACGGCUGCUCUCCCUCGAGCUCGACGAGGACACCGCCACGGAGCGGGUCGUGGGCGCGCCGAGCAACCCGACGGUCGCCACGGGCCUGGAGCACAUGUGGUCUCUGCUGCAGGACC